CCCCCCCCCGGGGCCUCGACACCGACACCAGUACAUCCCCUGACACCGGCUUCAACACAUCCCAGCCGAAUAUCAAUUCCAGUGUAACCACUCCCCGGCACUACAUCGACUCUGAUUCAGCUUUAGCCCCGAACAUCAACCCCGACACCAUAUCCUCCCCCCCCUCCCACACCAAGCUCGUCUACCGCCCAGACCCUGGGAGAGAACCGGAGAGCAGGAUGAAUCCAUACAAAGUUACCAUGGAAUCAAAGGCUGCUGCUUCAAAUCUUCUGAAUGCAUUGCAUUCUUUCUAUCAACUUGGCCAUCUCUGUGAUGUGACUGUCCAUACAGUGCACCUUGGCGUUCAAGAAGAGUUUGUGGUCCACAGAGCAGUGCUGGCUGCCUCUAGCAAUUACUUCAGAGAAAUAUUCCUCAGGGAUGAACUGUCUGAGAUAAAGGAAACAACGGUCACAUUGCAGGAUAUUUACACUGAGGAUUUUACCUCUUUUUUAGAAUUUGUGUACACGGCAAAAAUGGAGAUUGAGCCUCAGAAAGUAUACCGAAUGCAAGAUGUUGCUGAAAGACUGGAAUGUAGAGAUCUUGUUGAAGCCUGCGAGCAUCUGAAAGGUGAGCUAUCGGAGAAGAACUCAGAUAUGAAAGAGCAAGUUCGCCAUGAAUACCAGUCUGCUGAUAAACCUAAAAAUGCUUGGAAUGCAACAAAUGCACGGCAUCUGGACAGUCAGGAGAUAGAGAGUUCAUCCAGGAUUGUUGCUACACCAAUGAAAAACAGACUUUGGAACAAACUAUCAAAAAAGAAAACCUUGGAUACUGGCCAACCACAGGUGAAACACUGCAAACAACAGGGAAGUGCAAAGGAACUCACUGAGUCAAUCGCUGUCAUUGAUCCUAGCACAGGAAUGGUCAAAUCAACUAACUAUACCACAGAAGAGGUAAACAAAGAAGAUGCUGAUACUGCUGGUGAUCUUGGUCAAAAAAGCGAUUGUAAAACUGAUUCAAUAAGCCAAGAAGAAUCCCAAGAAACGCGAAUUGUGAUCAAGAAAUUGCACUGUCUGGGAGAUGAAGAUGAAAUGCAUGAUGAGUUUGGCUCCGAAAGUAGCGAGCUAAAAAAAAUUACCAGGAGCAUGUCCAAGCGCUUGCCUCAGAGUUACACUUGUGACAAAUGUCACCAGAUUUUUCAAUUCUUAAAACCGUAUCAAACUCACAUGAGUGUUGAGCAUGACAUUACUAUUGUCAUAAAGUAUAGCUGCAGUAUGUGUUCUCAGCUUUUUUCCAAUCAUCAGAACCUAAGGCAGCACAGACUGACUGUUCACAACAAUGAGCGCCCCUUUGCUUGUUCGCUGUGCAACAAGCGAUUUAAGCGGCAAAAGGACAUCAAUGACCAUGUUAGGAGAGUGCAUGAGAAGAGAAGGACUCCUCAGACCUGUCCUUAUUGUGACAAAAUUAUUAGUUCAAAAUGUGGACUCACUGUUCACAUCAGAACACAUACUGGUGAAAAACCGUAUAAAUGCCAGUUUUGUCCAGCAAGCUUUGCUCAACGAUCUGCUUACAACACUCACGUGAGAAAGAUACAUGAAUCUGGUCAAGAGAAGAAACCACCAUUUAUUUACUGGAAAAUGGUGCCACAAGUAGAUAAGUCAGAUAACGCAGCUGAUCCUGUCACAGACAUCGGUAGUAACAGACACGGUUGGGAUAGAUCAGAAGAUAAUGGCUUGGUCACGAACAUUAACAAUUACAAGGAAACAUACCUUGAGAAAGAGCAACAUAGCAUAUCUGAUACAGAGAUCAGCUGCAAUAAUAGCAAUGGCAUGGAAGAAGAAAAAGAUAAAGGUCGCAAGAUUGCACAAAAUAGUUCACUAAAUAAGAAAGAAUCUCAUGUUAAGAAUGAAGAUGAUACUGGAGAGGAUGAAACUGAAGGCUUGGAAAAUGAUGAUGAUGACAAUGAUCAUGACGGUGACACAGAGUGUGAAGUAGAAGCUGAUGAAGAAAAUAGUACAGAAGAUGAGGAUGAUAAUAGUAAAGAUGAAGACUAUCCACAUGAACAUGAUCCUGAACCAAAUGAUUCUGAUGAGGACAUUGAUGUAAAGAAAGGCAGUCAGAGGGGAAGAUUACGAAAAUCAAAUCACAACAUUAAAUGUGACAAAUGUGAUGAUGAAUUUAAUUCAAGAAAGGAUUAUGUGGUUCACUGCAAAGAUAUUCACCAGUCAUUACCAGGGAAAGUCUAUCACUGUGAAAUCUGUGGGAAGGCUUUUGCAACGCACAACAGUUGGAAAGAACAUUGUGCUUGUGUUCACAGUGAUGAAAGGCACUUUGCCUGCACUUUAUGCAAUGCAACUUUUAAGAGAAAAAGAGAUGUGAGGACUCAUUAUGCACGGAAGCAUGAAGGGCGUAUUAAGCGUCCACUGUGUUCUGUUUGUGGGAAAAUUCUGAGCUCACGAACAGCACUGGUAUUUCACAUGCGGACACACACUGGAGAGAAGCCUUAUGAAUGCUCCAUUUGCCAUUCUCGAUUUGCCCAACCAUCACAGCUGAAAAUACACACCAGGUCACACACCGGAGAGAGACCCUAUAUUUGUGAGGACUGUGGAGCCUGUUUCACCGAUAAGGCUAAAUUAAAUGGUCAUAAGAGAACACACACAGGGGAGCGCCUUUUCGGAUGUGAUGUAUGUGGGAAACAUUUUGCCACCAAUGAGUACCUGAAAUGUCACAAGCGUUGUCACAUGGGUGCCAAACCUUAUAAAUGUGAUGUUUGUGGGAAAACCUUUGGGCUAAGAGCCUCCUUGGCUCAGCACAGCAAUAUACAUGCAGAAACACGUCCAUAUUUUUGUGAACAGUGUGGAAAAGCUUUUACCCAGCAAGGAGCACUUCGACGUCACCAACGAAUUCAUACAGGGGAGAAGCCUUAUAAAUGCAAGGCUUGUGAACGAACAUUCACAGACAUGUCCACUUUGAGAAGACACGUUUCUGUUCAUGACCGAAGUGCUCACUGGCGAUCAUACUUGAUUGAUCUUACCUCAAAGAAAGAUCAUAAUUGGUCAAAAAUUGAAACUUUAGCAGAUGUUUGCCUUUCUGAUGACCCUGUAUCUGUGAGCUGGAUGAAUAUUGGGACUGAACAAUCAGUGGAAGGAAUACAACCUGGUCAUUGACCCAUGUUACUAAAACAGAUGAACAUAAGUAUGUAUUUACAGUGAAAAAUAGGUAUAUUUUUGUUUAUAAUGCACCGUUUCUGUGAAAAGAUAGUAAUAGUUCAAUCAUAUAUACCACAUACACAGCUUCAGUUUGUCAAAUGGACAGUAAUCACCUAGAUUUUAAUUUCUCAGGGCUUUUAUUGAAUUGUCCGAGUUUAGUCCAGUAAUACAAACCUGAAAUAUCUAAUUGUUUUGUUUUGAUUUAGUGGUAGUGAAGUAUGGGUAAUCAUAGUCAGACAUGAUUUAUUUUCUACAGUUACAGUUAAUAUUUAGUACUUUGCUUUUGGAAAUCAGCAUAUCAACAUCUUGUAUUAUAGAAAUUAACUGUUUUCAUCAACACCAUCAUUUUCUCCUUUAUAUUAAUUCUAAAAUUAAGAAUUCUAUAUGUUAAAAAAACAGUUUGCUUCAUUGACACAAUAAACAAAAAUACACCUACAGUAUAAGAUUUAAACAGUUGAAUUAUUUUAAUCACUUCAGUGGCAACAUUCCAAAAUGUAACGGUAUACUUGUUUGACAUCUUCUAAAUAAUCUCAUCUGAUGUGUAUUUGAAAAUAUAUUUUUAUUUCUUGUAAUACUAGAAACUUUUAAUUAUUAAACAUUUUCUGUGAAGAUGGCGAUUUGCAUUCAGCUUGUAUCCCUAAAUUAAUUUAAAAUAUAUUUUAUGUAUUUAAAUGCAAUGGUGUAACUCCUCGAAUGUUUAAUAAUCCUGAACUCUGGAAGUUCAGAAUAAUUUGAUUAAUGACAUAAAUUGCCAUGGGAAUAUUGCUAUGCCUUGCUGUAGUUAGAAUCAGACGUGUGGUGUGGUAUUAUGGUAGGUGAAUGGUUUGUAGGUAGAGAAGCAAAAUGCCAAAAAGAAACAUUAUAAUUUGAACAGAAUAGGUCUUCACAAGGUAUCCACCUUUGUUACUUUUUGUAGAUCUGGUGUUGAUCAAUUUUUCAAUGUUGUUAUACCGAAAUGUGAAGAUUGAAUGUUCUUUUCCUCCACUGAUCAAAUCUACAGUUGCAUAUUUUGGAACAUACUACAACCUUGGUCAUAUGAGGGAUAAUGGGAACUGCAGAUGCUGGAGAUUCCAAGAUAAUAAAAUGUGAGGCUGGAUGAACACAGCAGGCCAAGCAGCAUCUCAGGAGCACAAAAG